AUGGCGGGUUCCGGCGGCAGGAGCAGGGAGCUCCCCACGUCGCGCGCGGAUGCCGCGGGCGCGGGGGGCAAGCGGCGGAGCCAGAGGUGGGAGGUGGAGUUCGCGCGCUACUUCGCGACGCCGCGGCGCAGCCCCUCGACGGCGCCGCCCCCCGGCCUCCGUUUUGUGUCCCGCGGCAGGAACCGCCUCCACGGGACCUGGCUCCCGGCUGCCUCUACCGCCGCGCUCUGCAUCUCCCGCCCCACCCACUCCUUCGCUGCCCACGUCCUCACCGUCUCCAUCGGCGACGUCGUCUACGAGGAGCACUAUGUCUCCAUCCUCAACUUCUCAUGGCCACAAGUUGCAUGCGUGACAGAGUGCCCAGUUAGAGGGAGCAGGGUUGUGUUCGUGAGCUUUUGUGAUAGGUCCAAGCAGAUCCAGAAGUUUGCUGUACGUUUCCCACAUCUAGGUGAUGCAGAAUCAUUCUUGAAUAGUGUGAAGGAGCUCUCAAGCAACACCAUGGAUGUCAUACCAUCUGGAAGCGACUGCGUGUAUGAAGAUUCAUCAUCAUCUGAACAUAUUGCUCCUGAUGGACCUCAAUACAGGCCUGAUGAGGUGGCAAGCUUUGAGGAGCCAACUUCUGAUCACAGGACAGAUGCAUCUUCAUUAGGCUACCCUGAGGAGCUAGACCAGUCUGUUCUUCCAUCUCCUCUGUCUACAAAUAUCGAUAGCAGCUACCCCGGUUACCUUCAUAGCUACUCUGAAAUGCCGACAGGUUAUUCCAUAAAAAAUGAGAAAGAUGCUGCAGUUGCAGUUGCCGGUACCGAAUUGAUUACUGAUAAAGGAAAGGUUACUGCUAAAGAGAUUGAUGAUAUUUUGGCAGGGAUAAAGGUAUCUCGCUCGUCAAGAUUGUUCUUUAAUUCGCCAGACUAA